AAUAUUUUUCUACUUUUUUUUUUCCUUUUUCUUUUCUAUCCUGCAUCUCUCCACUCUUCUUCUCUCUCCCUCUCUCACCGGUUCUCUCUCUAUAAAAAAAUCAGCACAUCUCUCCUCUGUUCCUAAGAUCCGGCGUCUCUUCGCCGUCGACCGCCCUCAUCGGUUCUCUCUCUCUCUCUCUCCCUCUCACUCACCGGUUCCCUCUCUCUAAAAAAAAGUUCAGUAUUUGCUUUGACCUUAGGUGUUUUCAGUUGAAGGAUAGUAAAUUCUUUUGGAAUUAAACGUUUGAAAUAGGAAAUGGGAUUAAUUUGAUUAAUUAGCAGAAUGUUCUGAACCAGUGAGCUAGCUAGCUAGCUAUUCUUGUGGAAUCCUUCCCUAUAAUAUCAAAGUAACAAUGGCCACAGAGGAAGAAGACAUGAAUCUAAUCGAGAUAUUGGAGGAGAAUGUGGCCAUUGACAUGAGCAAAUACAUGAGCUAUGUCGAGUCUCCGAGUUGUGGUGCCAUAGCAACUUUUGGUGGCACGACUCGCGACACCUUCGAGGGCAAAACCGUCUUGGAGCUGAGGUACGAAGCAUACGUUCCCAUGGCUGUUCGAUGCAUCAAGUCGAUAUGCACUUCUGCGAGAUCAUCUUGGAACCUAAACUCAAUCGCGGUGGCCCAUCGCCUAGGCCCCGUUCCUGUUGGUGGAACAAGUGUCUUCAUAGCAACCUCAGCCGUUCAUCGCGCAGAUGCCUUGGAUGCUUGCAAGUUCAUCAUUGAUGAGGUCAAGGCCUCGGUUCCAAUAUGGAAGAAGGAAGUUUAUACCAAUGGUGAGGUUUGGAAAGAGAAUUCGGAAUUUCUCCAGAGGCGGGACGAGCUUCGGAAUUUCAAGUGGCCGGAAUAAAGUUAUUGUGGAUGGACCAGAGAGAAAAAAGGGUUGUUGUGGAGGAAAGGUGAAGAUAGCAGAAGGCAUAUAUGAUGAUGAAUCAAGAUAGAAAAGCUUGUUGUAUCUUUGAUCAUGUAAUCCAAUAAUUAAUAUUUUACUUGUGUAAUUGAGAUAAAAAAAAAAAAGCUUGUAUCUUUGUUGUUGUAACAUUUUACUUGUGUAAUUGUGUAUCUUUGAACAUUCAAGGAAGGAAUAAACACACAAUUUACACCA